UUACCCAAAAUAUGUAAGCUUAGACGCAAUCUGCGGGUAUGACUUAAAUGGUGCCCCAAACUCUUUCCCCAAUAUAUUUGUGAAAAGGCCCAAAAGAAACAGUCUGGCCCAAGAAAAUACCCGGCAAGCACAACUGCUUCUCUGUCUUCAAUCAUUUUUUUUUUCCACAGAAAGACGACGCAGAGAUCACCGAUCAGGAAAAAAAACAAAACUCAAAGCUCUCUAAAUUUCCCGACUCAAAAAAUGCAACAAGGCGAUUACACGACCUCCAAUCCCUACUUCAACUACCCUAACGCCGGCCAUAUCUCGCCGGCUCCGAUCCCAAACCCUGCCCCGUCACCACCGUCAUACGCUUCUGCUCCGCCGUUCGCCGCCACUUACACUCCGUCUUCAGAUUACUCAUCUUAUCCCUCUUCGUACCCGAAUCAUUAUUCCCAAAAUCCCGAUUUACUCUCUACAGCUCCAGCACCUUCGUUACAGUCCUACAAUCCUCCACCACCGGCGCCGGUUCCGGUGUUGCAACAGCCUCAGCACUCCUCUCCGUUUCCUUCAUUUGAAUCCCAUGGACCUUACCAAAACCCAGUUCAUUCUCAGCCUCAGCAAUCUUAUUAUCCUCCUUACGAUCAACCCCAGGCUGCUCCUAGUUACAAUCCGAGCCCCACUCCGAAUUCUUCGUAUCCUUCAGUUUAUCCAACUUCGAAUUAUGAUAAUACUGGAAAGUUUGAUCAAAAUGGACCGUAUUUUGAUGAACCUGUGGAUAAAUAUGGAAAUUAUGGUUCGCGGAGAGGUGAAUUUGGGCAAGAUACUUAUGGGAAACGAGCUGAAAGUGGAUAUGGUAAUGACGGUUAUGGUGAUGGAGUGUUUGCUUAUCAGGGUAGUAAAGUAGAGCCUUAUGGGGCACGAGGGACUGGUUCAAAGUCUUCGACUUGGUCGUCCAGUUUUGACGAUUUUGGGAGGCCAAUUGGGUAUAAUUCUCCAAAGGAUCGCUCAUCAGCUCCAACUGCGAAGAUCGUCAAGGCAAUUCCCAAGGUUGAUACGCAGCAGGAUGUGAAAAGUGGUGUGCAGAAGUUUAGGGUGAAGUUAUUAGCUGAAAGUAGUGGACAGAGUACCCAGGAUGUUCUUUGCCAGAUUGGCUUGGAUGGAAUCCGCAUGUUGGACCCAAGCACUAGCCGGAUGUUAAGAAUUUAUCCUCUUGACACAGUAACUCGAUGUGAUGUAACGGAUUCAUCUACCUUUGCCUUCUGGUCAAAAAGUGUCGUGGAUAUAGAGCCAAGGCGUAUCAGACUGCAGUCAAACAGUUACACAACCAGUUCCCUAUUAGAUACAGUCACAGCUGCAACUGUACAGUUCAAGGAGAUGGGUGGAAGAAUCAGGUCAUCUGAAUCUCCAAAAGUGGCUGAACAGCCUACUGAGAAGAAGAAAGGUCUUGCUGAUUGGAUUAAUAUAGUGAAGACUGUCAAUGAGGAGAAAGAUCACUGGGUUCCUGAUGAAGCAGUUUCCAAGUGCACAGCUUGUGGAUCAGCCUUUAAUGCUUUUGUGCGCAAGCAUCACUGUCGGAACUGUGGAGAUAUUUUCUGUGACAAAUGCACUCAGGGAAGAACUGCACUGACAGUUGAUGAGAAUGCACCAGUUGUUAGAGUUUGUGACCGAUGUACGGCUGAGGUUUCUCGUCGGCUAAGCAGCGCGAAGGAAACUGUCAAUAGAUCAACUGGAUUGCAAAGUCAUGAAGACCUUGCCAAGAAGCUUCAGGAGGAGAUGGAGAGAAACCGAAGAGAAUCAUCUGGCUCUAGACAUGAUCGUUCGGGGAGGAUGAAAGAGGUUGCUUGCCCUACUUGUACAGUACAUUUGCAGGUUCAAGUUCCAAGCUCAGGUUCCGAGACUAUAGAAUGUGGGGUUUGCCAGAAUCCGUUCCUCGUUAGUUCGCACUGAUUUUGAUGUUUUUCGUCAAUGGAAGGAAGGACUGCAAACUCUUUUCUGGUUUUGUGUGUUGUCAUACAUUAUUUUGUGCAUCUGUUAAUAUUUGAACCUUUUGUGACGCCUUUGGUUGUUCACUUGAUCCCUUUGUUUGCUUGAAAGGCAAUUUGCUCAUUUUAUUUGUAUUAGCAGGAAGAAAUCGAACACUUGCUUUUUUCUUUUCAUGGAGUAAAUUUAAGUGAAAUUUGAUUGCUUCAA